AUGGAGCAAAUGAGAAGUGAACAAGUUAUGGAAAGUGGUUAUGACAGUUUGGCGCGGUGGGAUCAUGGGACGACAAAGAUGUUGUUCCAAAUGUGCAUGGAAGGCAGAUGGAAGGAAGUGGUUGAGAUCUACAAGAUCGACAAGAGAGCUCACACGGCAACGAUGACGAGAGGAGGUGACAGCGCGUUACACCUGGCGGUCACCGACGGCCAGGAGGAGGUGGUUUCACAGCUUGUGGAUCUGAUUGUGGAAGACGAGAGGAGUAAGGGAGAGGCUCUGAGGAUGCAGAACAAGAGGAAGAACACGGCAUUGCACCUUGCAGCUUCCGUGGGGACUAACAAAAUGGUUCGGCUCAUUGCUGAUGCUGAUCCCGAGCUGGUGAGUUUUCGAAACGUUGAUGGCGAGACCCCUCUCUUCCUUGCUGCUUUCCAUGGAAGAAAGGAGGCUUUCAUGAUCCUUCAUUAUACGUUCCACAAGGAACCAGGGACUCCCAUUAACUACUCUAACUGCAGAAGAAGUGGUGGUGGCACCAUUCUUCAUUCUACCAUUGCUGCCGAAAAUUUUGAAUUAGCACUGAUAAUAAUUCACCUUUAUGAAGAUCUUGGAAAUUGGAAGAAUGAAGUUGGAGAGACUCCUCUCCAUAUACUUGCCUCUAAUUCUUCUGUUUUCAAAAGUGGCAGUAGAUUUGGCCUAAUAGAAAAAUUAAUUUAUCAAGUUAUAACCGUAAGGAAACUCGAAGUAGAUGAAAGUGAUUAUCUGCCUCCCUACGAAACGAUUGACGACGGCAAAACUAAAUAUCCAAAAAAUUAUCAGUCAUGCAUGGAUUUUAUGAAACUGAUGAAAAAUACAGUCUCAUCCGGGAACCUUGAAGCACAAGAAAGAAUUGCUUCGGAGACAGACUUUUUAGGUGAGGCCAGGGCUGUGCAUGCAGAAAAAAUACCAUAUAUUAUGAUACUAAUCUGUAGAUGAAUUUUGAUGAUUUUGUAAUCUGGAUCUAUAAUUAAUUUUUUAGGAAAAGAAGCCGAAGCUUGGACGCUUCCGUCAUUAUUUCCCGCCAAUUACAAAUGCUUUGUUGAUUUUCUUAAGUUGGUAUUUAUGAUAAUGCUGGUGAUGG